AUGGCACAUAUUAUCCUUAAAAUUGCUAAUUUAAUAGCAUUCUUUUUUCUUUUGGGUGUUAAUGUCUAUUCUGGUCUCGCUCCAGUUAAAGAUGCUCCUUUAGCCCACGUCACAUAUAUUUCUCCUGCUUAUUUCACUUUUUAUGUCUGGUUUCUUAUUCAUCUUUUGUUAACAGGAUUUGUUAUUUAUCAGUUCUUUACAAGUGAAGAAGAAAUUAUUAGAGCCAUUCACUGGCAUUUUGUUGGUGUUGCCUUGCUAAAUACCUUAUGGCUUGCUUUAUGGGACGACGAUAUGCUUUUCCUAGCAUGGAUCGUAGUCCUUAUAUUAGCAUGUCAAGUAACUUACAUCUAUCGCGAAGUACAUUUUGGUUUUGCAUAUGACAAUUUCUUCUCCUGGAAGUACUUUUUCAUCCAUUUGCCAUUCACUUUAUACCAUGCAUGGAUUGUUGUAGUGGUAGUUCUUACAACCUUUGCCGCUCUCACACCCGAAAAAACUUACCAAGAAGUUACAACUGAUGGCACGACAACUGAAGUUCCUGAUAGUCCAAGCAUAAUUGUACAACUUGUCGUUAUUAUAGGAUUACUCUUUCUUGAAUCGACUUCCGUUGCUUACAUUGAAGCCAAAAAAGAUUACGCGGGUGGAGCAGUCAUUGCUUGGACUUUAUAUGGCGUUUGGUGUGAACAAGAGGAUGCGGUGAUUCACUGGAGUGCACUUAUACUCGCUAUCAUAGCCACCAUUUAUCUUUUUAAACCUUUGGUCGUGGAAAUUGUUAGUGGUGGGAAAAAAGAACGGCAAUCGGAUGUUUGA